AUGUAUCUUCAUCCUCUGCCUCCGCCUCCGGACCCUGUAGACUUCAGCAGCUGCCUUAUACCCACAUCCACUUCGUCUAUAUCCACUGCACACCUCGCAAAGGCCACCCACGCUCGUGAGGGAGUUCGCAGCGUCCUCUCCAACGCUCGCCUAGCGGCUGCAUCGUGCUCCGGCGGCACGCCUGGUGGCACAUUCGAAGUCAAACUCGUGUCCGCCAUUGAGGACUACCUUCCGCACCUCAUCGCCAUUUACAAUGGCACUCAAACUGAUGAUCUGGUAUGGAGGGCCGAAGCCUGGUUUGCGUGGCCUGCUCCCCUCUCUCCCAGCUCGCCAACCUCGAACAAGCUCAACAUCGGCGGCAGCAGCUCUUCAGCAUACGCCAAACAUGGACCAUUCGCAUCCUCGUCCUUGCGCUUUGAACUGGACAAUCUUCUGAUCCUCUAUUCGCUGGCAUUGAGCAACCUUGCUCUACUGCAGUCGAUAUCGGUAGGUAGCUACGAGUACACCAAGUCGUUGAUGGACACUCAGCGCAAAGACUACGAGAACAUACUCAAGAGGGGUGUCACCUUUGGCAAAAAGGCAGUCGAGGUGGUACAGUGGAUGAUACGAGAUCUUGACGCUGCUGAGAGUAACGAAGCCGAUGGACGGCAAGAUUGGAAUGAGGAGUGGCAGAGCAGUAGGCGGCGGUUGCUUGAGGGCUUGCAAGCCCUCCACCAGCUACCGCCCACUCUCAUCUCUUUGCGCCUGCUUCUCUCUCCUGCUACCUGCACCAUCACUUCAACGCAGCACGAACCUCCGCCGUUACCAAAGGGCCACCCCUCGGCGUCCCUACUCGCCAAGCUAUGUCUGGAGGUACCACGGCUAGUAGAACAGGCGCAGCUCAACUUACAGAGCGCCAGCGGUAAAGGCGGCAAUGGAAAAGCAGGCAGAAAGCUUUUCGGAGGUGCAGGAACAAGUGGCUCCGGCACUGCCGUAGAUGAGUCAAAGCUGUCAUCUAAAUUCAAGCGCUUCGGCAUAGGCAAGAACAGAAAGGAAAAAGAACCAGAGUAUGUACAUCGCUCCAUCUCUCCCUCGCCCGAGCCAGCUCUGCUCUCCUCGGCUUCGACCCCGCACCGCGCCAGGCCGACUGCCCACGAAUCGCGCUCCUAUCGAGGCAACGCCUCCUCUUCUACACAUCCCUCCUACCCAGGACCGUCUUUAGCGCCCGUGACCUCAAGGUUGUUCAAGUAUCUGGAUUCAAUAGCUCCCUUAUAUCGCUCCAUCUCGCUGAAGUAUCUAGCCCUCUCUGUGGGCGAGUCAGGGGAGGAUGGAUCCGGGGGCAGGCACGCCGAGGCCGUCGUCUACCUGCGCAUGGCCAAAGGCGAGCUCGACAAGCUCACCGACGGUCCAAGUACACCACUGGAAGAAUUCAUCGGCAAGGACGACAGUAAGAGUAUGCGAGCCAGGCUGGGGCGCAAGGACUCCUCGCAACCCGAUCAGCUCGAGCACCCUGAGAGCGAGCAGAAUCGCACCUCUUCGAGCCAUCCGCUGCGCGCCCGUCUGCAGACGUACCAUUCGAUGAUCUAUUCUUCGCACACGAGCAGUAUCGCGCACAUCCUCAACCUCUACAAGCGACUUAAUGAUUCCGUCUCCUUUCAGGUGCUGCCGAGCGUGGCGGACCUGUCAGGAAAGAUCCCCACGCCGAGGGGGCUUUUGACCUUUGACCAGGGCGGGGGCGGGGGUGGGUGGACGCCGCCCAAGGCUGCUUUCGGGCGUGAGGGCACGGGCGAAUCCGGUGGACAGGGCUUCCUCAUUGGUGCUGAGGGAGGCGAGGAUACAGAGGGGGCUUAUGCGGGCAAGGGAGCGUAUUAUUGA